AUGAAUGGUGCGGGUUCCUUUGAAAAACUAUCGGUACAAUUUGAAAGACUCGUGAACACUGUCGAUAAAUUAGUGCAACGCGCUAAUGCCUCCCUCCUGAUAGGCACUUCUUCGUGGAAAGAACAGUUCGUAGAAGCGUUGACGGUGAGCGCCAGCGGCGGCGACGACGACGACGCCGACGCUGGCGACGCCUGCAAAGAGCCGUCCUGCCUCGAUUACGUCUUACACGGUCUCACCGUGUUUUGGAAGCUCAUUUUCGCCUUCGUUCCGCCCACAGAGACCGGACAAAGUCAGGGAACAGAACGGCAGACACAGACAACACAUGAACAGUAUACAAACAGGCAACAGACAAGACACAGACAGUACACGGCAGUACACAGACAGAACACACAAACUAGACACAUGCAGAUAGGACACAGACAAGACAUAAACACCAUACGAACAGACACAACAGACACAGACAGUACACAUAAAGCAACAGACAAGACACAGACAAUCCACAGAGAAGACACAGACAGUUCACAGACAGGAGACAGGCAGGACACAGACAGGACACCUCGCAGGACACAGACAGGGCACAGACAGGACACAGACAGAACACAGACAGGAUGCAGACAGGACACAGACAGGACUAAGACAAACAGGAUACAAGCAGACAGAACACAUACAGACAGGGCACAUAGACAAGAGAACAGAAACCCGACACAGACAGGGCACAGAAAGAUCACAGACAAGGCAUAUAGAAAAGAAGACAAAACAGGGGUACAGGCAAAACCCAAACAGGACACCGAAAGGACACAGACAGCAAAGGCAGAGACAAGAGCGUUAGGUCAGGAGAACUCGGUGGACAAAGAACUGGACCACCUGUUUCAAUCCACUAGUAGGCCAAGAAAUGAAAUCGACGACAGUAAAUUCACCAAAUCUCAGGAUCAACCUGUGAAACAAGUAUUGGAGUCAACCUCAACUAUUUCGAGAUCACCGAUCAAAACAGUCGCAUCUGUCGAAGAAACAGGUAAACAAGAAUUGGAACUGGGGCUGGUGUGUCCAGGAAAAGAUGUGACCGGAUCAUUUUUUGCCCUGCCAUGUUCGAAAACAACAGAUUGCCGAAUUUUCGGUAAAGACACGUUGUGUUGCGAAAAUAGAUGUAUCAAGGGGGUCGAACCUCCAAAACUAGCAAUUAUACAUGCCCCAACUUUGUUCGGAUUUGUCCAACAAGUUUGUCCAACAGAACCUGUUCCGGAAAUUUGGGAUAUAAAAGAAUGCAAGACUGAUGAAGAUUGCACCCCGAGAAUUUGCUGUCCAGAACUUAUCAAAACGAGUGAAAAUGUGAGCUAUUGUCGGACAGCCCAGCCGCUGUGGGAAAAAAUACCGCCAAAACAACUUGUGGAACCAAUACGAACCUUGGUAGGCUACAUGCAGUGUACUCCUCCGCCUCCAACUGUACUGGACUUGUUUCCAAAACCAUGCCAAACACCUCUCGACUGUUUUCCGAACCUCUGCUGCCAGGAAGGCGGGAAACGGUAUUGCCGACCACCGAAGAGGUCCAUUUUGGCUGCAAUAGCAGAUAUCGGCCAGUAUUAUGUCAUUCAGAGAGACAAAACAAAGAAAUGUACGGUAUUAGAAUAUUUAAUCUGGGCGUCCAGGGCCGGACAGGGGCCAGCAAUAUUUCACAACUUCCCCAGAUAA